AUGGAAGUGGAUAUCUGUGGUCCGUGCAAGUUUCGAAAUGAAAGUAAAAAAGCUGCUAAGUACUGUGUGACAUGCCAAGAGCCACAGUGUAAAACAUAUGCUGAGAUCCAUGGCAACAGUAAAGCAACUAGAAAUCAUCUUCUUUUGAUAAUCACGGACUUAAAUAACGCUUCCAAGACACAAGAAGAUUUAAAUGAAUUUCAGAAUUGCAAGGACCAUCCCGAAAAGAUGAUCGAUUUCUUCUGUGUAGAACAUGACAACUUAAUGUGUAGCUCGUGUUUGCUGAACAUACAAAAGCUUGGCUAUAAAACUGUCGUUGAUAUCGAAACAGCAGGCGAACAGGAAAAGCAUGAACUUCAGAAACAUAUAGAAGUCAUUAAAAAGAAAUUAAUAACGCAGAUUGACAAGUGUCAAAAGGAUAUUCUAGAUGAAGUCGAUAAAAAUGUUAAGACACAAGUCGCAGAGCUUACUGGUCGGCAGACAGUAUUAAAAGAAGAUCUUCGAACAGCUAAGGUAAAUAAGGACAUACAACAAACUGUAAUAAGCAAUAAUUCAACAGCUGAUGUUUUCCGAUGCACAUUAUCUAUAAUGCAGCAGCUAAGCAUAUUUGAAUCAAGUAAAGGAUCUGCCACUACUGAUACGUUUACCCAUUCGGUGAAAGUAUCUCCGGCAUUCGACACGCUUAUAGAAUCCAUGGAUAUCCAUCCUAUUAUGCAGUGUAAAGCAUUCGGCGUUGCAAAAACGUAUACGCGUAAUGUGAACAUGAAAACGGACCGAGACAGCUUCCUGAAGAUUGCAAAACAAGUUGCUUUAAUUAGGGACAGUGAUAUAUCUAAUUAG